GUUCAGUGUAGUGUCGCUCAGUUUAUGCCCUAAACAAUAGGAGUACUCGCUAAUUUGCUGUUUGUGCAUUUAUUAGUAUUUUUGUCAAAAUUGUCAUCAAAAUAAAGCCUAUUGAAAGAUCAUAACUAAAAAUAUAUAUAUAUCUGAUCGUAUUGCCGGAUGUCGAAGGUAGUAGUUGCUGAUUUCUUAGCGAAGAGGUACUAACAACUGGACAAUGGAUGGAGAAGAGGUUCCGUGUAAGAAGUCUAAAUCUAGUACGGUAUCCAUAACACCAACUAAGGAAGAUGUGGCAUCUGACGAUAAGGAGGGCAAAACGAAGGAUGUAAAUAUAACCAAGACCACAUCAGAUGCUUCGUCACCAACCACAGCUGUUACUGCGAAACGUCCCAAAAUCUCUUGUAAAAAUCCCAAAUUCAGUUACAUUGAACCUGGUGGUAAAAAGUUUGUUUGGAAAUCCUUAAAACAAAUUGUUACACAAGAAAGAUCAUUACCAUGGCCGGAUGAUGUUGUUUUGUAUAAUUCUCUCAAUGCGCCACCAUCGUUAAAACCUGCCAAGAAGUAUUCCGAUAUUUCCGGCUUGGAAGCACCUUAUACUGACCCACAAACAAAGCUACAUUAUCACAAUGCGGAGGAAUUUCGUAUCAUAAGAACGUUACCAUCCGAUAUUAUACAAGGAUAUUUAGCACUCAGAGGUGCUACUAAUAUUGUCGGUUAAUAAUAAAAUAUAUUACUAUUAGAAUAGGCAGUAAGGCGUAAUAAAAAAGAAUUUAAGUAUUUUCCAAACAGAAGCAAAAUCCAUUAUCUAGUGAGCCUUUGGCUUCAACAAUUUAGGACAUUUCAUUCACAACAUUUCUCUGAUCUUCAACUAAAUUUUUAAUGGCAUUUAUUAAUGCAUAUUGAAAAUUGAAAGUAAUUUGUCCUAUAUAGGUAUGUAGCAACAACAUUUUUCGAUU